AUGUCAACCACUGCAGUGCCUGAGAAGGCCCCAGAUGACUCCUCCAAGCUGAAGACCUUCCUCUCCAUCCUUCGCAAGUUUGUUGGUGUGGCGGAUAUUGCGUCGGUUCGAUUUUCUCUCCCGGCGCAACUGCUGGAGCCUCGGCCCAACCUGGAAUACUGGCAUUACUUAGAUCGACCGGAGACCUUUGCGAGCAUUGGAAAGUCGGAUGACGAGCUUGGUCGGAUGUUGGAGGUCUUACGAUUCUGGUUUACCAAGGACUUGAAAUACAUCAAGGGGAAACCCUGCAAACCAUACAACUCAACCCUGGGCGAAUUCUUCAGAUGUUCAUGGGACGUUAACGACAAGAUCCCCGAGGAAUCGAAUCUCCCCGGUAUCAAAGCAAGCUCCAAUGGUUCUUCCACCGUAACCGACGGCGAUGACAAAGUCAAAGUGUGCUACCUUACCGAACAGACCUCCCACCACCCUCCAGUCUCAGCAUUCUACAUCGACUGCCCUGAACGAGGCGUCUCUGCGCGCGGUUUCGACCAGAUCAGCGCCAAGUUUACCGGCACCAGCAUCCGGGUGAGCCCCGGUCAACACAAUCUCGGAAUUUUCGUCAAUAUCGAGAAGCGGGACAACGAGGAAUACCAGUUGACCCAUCCAGAUGCCCAUUUGGGAGGAAUACUGCGUGGUGCACUCUCAAUCACAGUUGCCGACACAUGCUACGUCACCUGCCCAAAAACAGGCAUGAAGGCGAUUUUGCAGUAUAUGGAGGAAGGCUGGAUUGGCCGGUCACAGAAUAAGAUGGAGGGUGUCAUCUUCCGCUACAGCGCGGACAAGGAUACCGUUACAAAAAUCAAGGAUGUGCCAGAAAAGGAUAUCAUUGCGCGCAUCACCGGCUCCUGGCACGGCAAGAUAUACUUCACCCCGGCAGGCAGCAAGCUGGCCAUUCUGCUCAUCGAUAUCACGCCACUCUUCCCCGUCACCAAGAGCCUCCCUCCGAACGAACAACAACUCUCAAAUGAGUCAUUGAAGUUCUGGUCAAAUGUCACCAAUGCCAUUGUGGAAAAGCAGUUCAGCCAGGCGACGAAGCUCAAGCAGGAUAUUGAGGAACGGCAACGGGAACGGGCUGCAGAGCGCAUGGAGAAGGGCACUGAGUGGAGCCCAAGGUUCUUUACCGGUGCCGUGACACCGUUAGGCAAGCCGCAGCUUACAGAGGAGGGGCAGAAGGCCCUUGAGGGGAUUCGCUCGGGCAACUUCGCUUUGACGGAAAGUACAGUGCAGGGCGCAUAG